AGCAAAUGUCACUGUGAUCGUGAUAAAUUAUUUCAUAAACUAAGAAAUGGCAGACGAUUUGGAUUCAGGUCUCAGCCUCAAUAUCAGUGUUUAUCACAAGGACGACCAUUCCGGCGGGAAAGACAGAAAGAAAGUGUUUGGAAAUCGGGGACAGCGAAUAAAGGCAAGACGAAACAUCAAGCGUCAGAGGGAGUCGUCUCAGCAUGAGAGUAGUGCCAAUAACAGCGGUAAAACUCUACCAUCCAGAGACAAUACUGAAGAUGCAGAGAGUUCACGGCAGGAUGUGAAGGAAACAGAGCCUCCAGUGAAAAAGAAAACUGGAGAUGUGAUAUCCUCUCUGUUCAGGCAUAACCCAGACAUUCCCACUGUCCAGGGUAAAGAAGUUAGCCAGGUGAAAGAGAAGCUGUUUGUAUCAGACAGUUUCAAGGAUGUUCCUCUCCAUCCAUACAUGGUCUCAAAUCUUGAAAAGCUUGGAUACACCGCCAUGACUUCGGUCCAAUUCUCCACCAUUCCGAAACUUAUAGAGGGAGGCGACCUGCUCGUUAAGUCACAGACUGGUUCGGGAAAGACAAUGGCAUAUGCGAUUCCCAUUGUGGAGAACCUUGCGAGGUUGAAUCCCAAGUUAACGAGAGGGGACGGAUGUAGGGUGGUUGUUUUGGUGCCCACAAGAGAGCUAGCUUUGCAGACAUAUGACGUUUUUGUGAAACUCUUAAAGCCAUUCACAUGGAUUGUACCAGGUUGUAUUAUGGGUGGAGAAAAACGGAAAGCGGAAAAAGCUAGGUUGAGGAAAGGUAUCAACAUACUCAUUGCGACCCCAGGCAGACUGAUUGAUCACAUAGAAAGUACAGCCAACAUGAGACUGGACACAAUCAAGUGGCUCAUAUUAGAUGAAGCAGACAGGUUGUUAGACCUGGGUUUUGAAGAGAAGGUAGCAAAGAUUAUCAAGGCCAUAGAUGAGCACAAAACUGAGAGACAAACAGUCCUCCUGUCCGCUACACUCACAGCUGGAGUGGAAAGGCUGGCAGGCAUGUCAUUGAAGAAUCCAGACCGAGUAGCUGUGGACACACAGUCGUCAAACAAACCAUCAACGAAAUCUCUCGGAUCAAAAUCUCAAGAAUCCUUGGCAAACAAAACUCAAAGUGUCGACAGUAAAUCAACAGAGAAGCCCAUGGAACUGAAUGAAAACUUUGCUCUUCCUGAAAAUCUGAAGCAGUAUUUUAUUGUGUCCCCUUGUAAACUGCGAUUGGUCGUACUACUAACACUGAUACUUUCAAAGUGUAAGAAAAACAACAAGAUGAAAAUGAUUGUGUUUGCCUCCACACAAGAUGGUGUAGAAUUUCUGUACAGACUGGUACGCUUUCUGACCACAGAAAACUCUGCAGACAGCGAUGUUGAAGAGGAAGAUGCUAAAACCAGUCUAGAUCUCUUUAGGUUACAUGGUGAUAUGUCUCAGAAGGACCGUUCUUGCACAUACCAAGAUUUCUGUACGACCAAGUCAGGUGUGCUGCUGUGUACUGAUGUGGCAGCCCGUGGCCUUCACCUGCCAUAUGUGGAUUGGGUUGUACAGUACUCAUGUCCUGCAGGUGUCACAGAUUACAUUCAUAGGGUUGGAAGGACAGCCCGCGCUGGUAAUGCUGGCAACGCCAUCACGUUCAUGCUUCCCUCAGAAAUAGAUUUCGUGAAGCACCUGAACCAGAAGAGCAUCAGUAUCACAGAGAUGAAGGUUGGGGAGAUACUGCAGGACGUCAUCAAACUGGUUCCCUUCCUACCUGGCAUGGAGGACUCCAAGCGUGAGAUACCCAGGACAGUGGAGGAGGCUGCCACGUAUCUACAGAACUGCUGUGAACUCCACAUCAAGUCACACAAGGAGAUGACUUCACUCGCAAAGACAGCCUACCAGUCUUUCAUUCGAGCCUACGCCACGUACCCCCACGAACUGAAGUCCAUAUUUCACCUCCGGCACCUACACCUGGGCCACGUGGCAAAAACAUUCGGACUGCGCGCUGCUCCCACUGACAUGUCCAACAUACCUGGAGUCAACCGCACCACGAUGUCCAACAAGAGAAAACAUGACAAAGGAAGUGGAGAUGGCGCUGAAAGGGUUAAGAAGAAGAAGAGAACAGACAUGUCAGAGUUUCAAGGACCUCUCAUUUACAAGAAGAAGGCAAUCAAGGGAACAAAAUUAAAACACAAGAAACACUUCAAAAAGAAGAAACAAUGAGGCAAGAAAGAGACGAGUUUGUGGUAUUUACAUAUUUGCAAAGCGUCACAUACAAAGGCCGGUUCUUUACCCUUUUCCACACAGAAGCAAAAUGAAAAUGGCUAUGUGCAAACAACAUAAAAGUAGAACAGCCUGUGAGUAACUCGCAGUUUGUUCAGUUUUUAUGCUGUUUGCUGCCCAUCAGUAUCAAAGGGCUAGAAAUGAAGCCUUUACAACUUGAAUCUAGUAAGAAAGGUAAUUAUUUAAGUUUAAAUUUCUUAGGGACUACAAAUGCGUCAAUAUACGUAUCUAAGUGGUAAAAGGUUAAAUACUUGAUAGAAAAUUAAUUAUUAAUGAAAACUAUGGUGAGUGUAUUUUUGUUAAAGAAUGUGAAUGUCUGUAUCAGUUUUGAUCAUGGCUUUUGUUGAUAUUCAGCAUGUUGUUUCAUUGACUUUGGCAUUAUCUAUGAAAUACAUGCUCUGAAAAUACAGCUUAUUGCUACUUGUAAAGUGAUUGCUUGUAGUUAAUGUAAUAUGACAUUUAUAUUUAGGUUAUAGUAUAGUCCAUGACAUAAAUGUAAUAAAUAUUCAUUUAGAAA